AUGGGUUGUGGUAUGAGCACUGAGGACAAGGAGGGGAAGGCGCGGAAUGAAGAAAUUGAGAACCAGCUCAAGCGCGACAAGAUGAUGCAACGAAAUGAGAUUAAGAUGUUGCUGCUCGGUGCCGGAGAGUCAGGAAAGUCUACCAUCCUCAAGCAGAUGAAGCUCAUCCACGAGGGCGGAUAUUCGCGCGAUGAGCGGGAGUCUUUCAAGGAGAUUAUCUACAGCAACACCGUUCAGUCUAUGCGUGUCAUUCUUGAGGCUAUGGAGUCACUCGAGCUACCUCUGGAAGACGCCCGCAACGAGUACCACGUCCAGACCAUCUUCAUGCAACCCGCCCAGAUCGAGGGUGACAGCAUUCCCCCAGAAGUUGGCAACGCCAUUGGUGCCUUGUGGCGCGAUACCGGUGUCCAGGAGUGCUUCAAGCGCUCUCGCGAGUACCAGCUGAACGACUCGGCCAAAUACUACUUUGAUGCCGUUGACCGUAUUGCCCAGCCCGAUUACCUUCCCACUGACCAAGAUGUUCUCCGCUCCCGUGUCAAGACCACCGGUAUCACCGAAACCACUUUCAUCAUUGGUGAUUUGACCUACCGCAUGUUUGACGUCGGUGGCCAGCGUUCCGAGCGUAAGAAGUGGAUUCACUGCUUCGAGAAUGUCACCACAAUCUUGUUCCUGGUCGCCAUUUCCGAGUACGACCAGCUGCUCUUCGAAGACGAGACCGUCAACCGUAUGCAGGAAGCCCUGACUUUGUUCGACUCCAUCUGUAACUCCAGGUGGUUCGUCAAGACCUCCAUCAUUCUGUUCCUCAACAAGAUCGAUCGCUUCAAGGAGAAGCUUCCCGUCAGCCCCAUGAAGAACUACUUCCCCGACUACGAAGGUGGUGCCGACUACGCCGCUGCCUGUGACUACAUUCUCAACCGCUUCGUUUCCCUAAACCAAGCCGAGCAAAAGCAGAUCUACACUCACUUCACUUGCGCCACUGAUACCACCCAGAUUCGUUUCGUCAUGGCCGCUGUCAAUGAUAUCAUCAUCCAAGAGAACCUCCGUCUCUGUGGUUUGAUCUAA